AUGCCCAAACAAAUCCGUGAGAUCAAAGAUUUUCUUUUGACUGUUCGUCGUAAGGACGCCAAGGAAAUCAGAAUCAAGAAGAACGCCAAGGACACCAAGUUCAAGGUUCGUUGCGGAAGAUUCCUUUACACUCUCAAGAUCACUGAUCAAACUAAGGUUCCAAAGUUAAUGCAAAUCCUCCCACCAGUAACUAUCAUCACAUUUUUCAACAGCUAA